GUGGAAGAUCUGCCAUUGCAGAAUAUUUCCCCGCCUUGAACAUGCGUACCUUUCUUGUGGUGGCGGUCGCUGCGAUGGCGGCAGCGGUCACGAGUACGCAAGUGCCCAAGCUAGACCAAGACAUCCUCAAGACGCACACUGUCCCUGCGCCGAACGCCGUCGAAUUUGACAAACUGCUCGCCGAGAAGGAUGUGGUGUUCGCCAAGUUUUAUGCACCGUGGUGUGGUCAUUGCAAGUCCCUUGCUCCCACGUGGAUGCAACUUAGCGCGGCCUUCUCCGUGCUGGACAACGCCGCGGUGGUCCAUAUCGACUGCGACAAGCACGAGUCUCUGUGCACCACCCACGGGAUCGAAGGCUUCCCCACGUUAAAACUCUACCGCGGAACCAAGUUCGAGGAGUACGAGGGGCAGCGCUCGGUCGGCGCGCUGUCGGACUUUCUCGUGAACCGCGUCGACGCGCCCAUCCACAACUUUGGCACAGACCCCUCUUCCCCGCCACCAACCCCCGUCCUGAACGCUCUGCUCGUGGUCGGGCUGACGUUUCUCGUUGGAUUCAGCUUAGCUGGCUACCUCUUGUUCUUUCGUCCCGGUCGCAAAGCGAGUCCCCCUGCGUUCUUUUCCCAGCCCGACACCUCCACUGUCCGCCCCGGUCAUGGCGCCGUGUACAAGGUGGGCUCAUUCCCCAACCCCCAAGCAUCUCUCCUGGAAGUCCUCGAAACAGCCGUGGUCACGAACGGCGACGGCGCGUUCCUCGGCCGCCGCCGCUUCGACGCCGCCGGGAACGCUGGGCCGUACCAGUGGGACUCGUAUGCAGCCGUGUACGACCGCAUCCGGAACCUGUCGGCUGGCCUACAACACGAAAACAUGAUCGACCCCACGCCCGGAGAUGGCCGGCGGUUGCUGUGCAUCUACAUGAAGAACUGUCCGGAGUACGUCGUAGCGCAAUACGCCGCUUUUUACGCCGGCGGGGCGUUCUGUGCGCUGUACGACACGUUGGGCGCGUCGUCCACUGGAUUCAUUCUGUCCCAAACCCAAGGCUCAACGGUGAUUUGUACGACAUCCGAGCUCAAGUCGAUCGUACAAGUGAAAGCGAGCGCGCCGACGCUUCGCCAUGUGGUCGUGUGCGACGUGGUUAUCAAGACCCAAGCCGACUUGGACUUGUGUGGCCAGGCGGGGCUACAGCUGUGGACGAUGCGGGAGCUCGAGCUGGUAGGCACGAAGCACCCGCGGCCGGCGACGUACCCCAAAGUGUCGGCGCUGAGCUUCCUCAUGUACACGAGCGGCACGACGGGGGACCCCAAGGGUGUAGAAAUCACCCACGCCAACAUCCUGGCGUGCGCCGCGGGCGCCAAGGACCGGCUGAAUCGCGGCGAUGGCGCCGUGUGCUUCACGCCGGCCAGCAUCCACCUGUCGUACCUUCCGAUGCCCCAUAUUCUCGAGCAGAUCGUGCAGUCUGUGAUGAUCUCGGCCAAGGGGCGCAUUGGGUUUUACCAGGGCAACACACUCAAGCUAACAGAAGACCUCGUGGAGCUCCGGCCGACGCACUUUGUGACUGUGCCCCGCCUUCUCAACAAGAUCUAUGACAAGGUGAUACAGGCAGGUGGGUCGUCGUCGUCUGGCGGGGGGAUCAAGGGCUGGCUGUUUAAGCGAGCCGUGCAAACCAAAUUGGCCAACUUGAAACAAGGGUAUCAAGCGCACCCGUUGUACGACAAGCUUGUGUUUUCCAAGAUUCAAGCCAAGUUGGGACUAGAUCGGUGUCGUUUUGUGUUAACCGGGUCGGCGCCCAUCUCGGACGACGUGCUAUCGUUCUUUCGUAUCCUGCUUACUUCGAACAUCACCGAGGGCUACGGCCAGUCCGAGUGCACGGGCGCGUCGACCCUGACAGACCACGACGAUGUCCAGUGCGGCACAGUGGGGGCCCCCAUGACUUCGUGUGAGAUCAAGCUGGUCUCCGUACCUGAAAUGGGCUACCUAGUGACGGAUUCCGUACACGGCAACGUCAACAAGAUACCUGUGAACGGCCGCGGCGAAAUCUGCUUCCGGGGCCCGACGGUCUUUUCGGGGUACUUUAAGGCGCCAGAUAAGACGGCGGAAGCGAUCGAUGCCGACGGAUGGCUCCACUCGGGGGACAUUGGCGUGUGGACGUUGGACGGUCGGCUCAAGAUUGUAGACCGCAAGAAAAACAUCUUCAAGCUGAGCCAGGGCGAGUACGUCGCGCCCGAGAAGAUUGAAAACGUGAUCAAAGCGAGUGUUUACGUGGGCCAGUCGUUCGUGUACGGCGACAGUUUGCAUGCGGUACUGGUGGGGAUCAUUGUACCCGAGGCAGCCCAGCUCAAGACGUUGGCUGACUCGCUCAACGUAUCGGGGUCGUUGAUAGACUUGUGUCGGCAUCCCAAGGUGGUGGAGGCAGUGCACAAGGACAUUGUGGCCGUGGGCAAGAAGGGCGCGUUGAGUGGAUUUGAAACGGUGCGGGCGAUUCUGCUGCACCCCGAGCAUUUCACCGUUGAAAACGAUUUGCUCACGCCGACAUUUAAGCUGAAACGCAACGACGCCAAGAAAUUGUUUUCGACGCAAAUCGAUGCCUUGUACGACAAGGCGGGCGACCUCGUUGCGGGCAAAAAUAUCAAGCAAGGCGAAUGAAGGAUCAUCCCAACCUCGCGUAGUAUUGUUUUUGCUGUCCUUGCCGGAAUAAUAUGGAUAUAUAUAUAUAGUUACUCCGAGUUUCC